AUGCCCACCAUAUACUCCUCCCUUUACUCGAAUUUCGUCCGUCAAGGAUCAACAUUCGCCAAGUCGAUCACCACACACGGCUACGCUCAAUCACUAGUCGCUGCCACUCACCCUCACGUCCUCAAUUCGCAGAACCGACCCGUCUUUGUUCGACGAAAGACCAACCGCCUCGGCCGCUUCUCUAACCUCCAGCUUCACUCCGCCUUCCACACUGAGCGAACAGCAACCUCGGGCCUUCCCGCCGUUGAGCACCGUCUCGAGAACCAUGGAGGUUUAGACGCCUACUUCGAGGCCUUGCAGGAGCAGCAGGCCACCGGUGAAGUCGAUGCCGAAUGGACCCAAUUCGACUUUCCUAAGCGCAUUGAGUGGAAGCCCACCGCGGCCUCCAUUCUCACCAAGGAUAAGGCGUCUGCCCAGGAUGCUGAACAGGCGUUGAUCGAGGAAGAGGAGAGGUCCAACCUCUCCUUUGAGGACCAGGCAGCUCUCGCUCACAUCGAUGCUGCCCUCGAGCGGGAGAUUGAGGCGCGAAGUCUUCAAGAGGCGGCUGAGAAUGCCGUCGCUGCGGGACGACCAGCUUCUGCUCUUGACUUUGAGUCACGAUCUCCUGUGGUUGAGAGGUCACGAACUCCCGCGAGUGUCGCUCGCAGCGCCACCCCGCCGGUCGACCCUCAGUCACAGUCUUAUGCCGACCACCUCCACAAGCUCGCUGAGGGUGGUCGAUAUGCUGAGAUCCCGGCUGUCUUCGAGGCCAUGCUGGCCACUGGCGUCCAGCCCAUUGCUGGUGCCUACAAUGCCCUCCUCCUGGCUGCUAUCCACAUCCCCAUCAAGAAGAUUGAGAUCGUCUCCAAGGCUCUCGAUGUCUACGCUGAUAUGCUCCGAAGGAGGGUGUCGCCUGAUGCCGAUACCUUCAACAUUCUUGUUGGUCUUCUGGCCUCCCGAUGCCUCGAGGUGGCCGAGCUGAAGGCCAUCCUGGAGGACAAGCGCGCUCGAUUCGGCGGAAUGGAUGAGCCUGGCAAGUUCAUGCUUGGAUCCCACGAGCUUGAGCAUGCUAUUCUCUGCGAGGACGACCGACUCGAUCUUGCCAUCAAGCUGUUCGACACCUCGGUUGACAGCGAAGCUGCCGAGUACUCUGCCGAGACUUACCAUCAGCUGAUCACUGCCUGUGCAAAGGCUGGUCGCGUUGCCGAUAUGCUCCGUCUCUUCGAGCACAUGGAGGCCAAUCAGACAGUCCCCUUCGCGGCAGUCUUCCCCACCAUGAUCACUGCGUUUGCUUCGUCCGGCGACCUGAUCAGUGCUGUCGAAUGCUACAACGAGUACCGCAACCUGGCCAUUGCUCACGAUGAAGGACGCGAUACCCUUCAUGACCGACUUGAUGCCGAGGUCUACGCCGCGGUCAUCAACGCCUAUGUGGUGACCGACAAGAUCGAGGGUGCUAUGAAGUUCUUCAAGAAGAUUGUCGACGAGUAUGGUGUUCGUGCUGCUGACAUAAAGGAUGCUUUGGUCACCACCGGCUUUGUCAAGGGUUUCAUUACCCGAGGUAUCUACCAGGAGGCAUUCCACUGGGCUCAGGCCGUAGAGGCCGAGUCUCGUGCAAAGGCCAUGGGCGAGAUUGCCACCAUUGCCGCUGACAAGGAUGACAAGGCUACCGCUGUCGCCGCCUACACCGGUAUUCCUACCUACUAUGAGGAUCUGGCCACUCCAGCGACCGCUCUUCUAGCCAUGAGUGUGCGAGAGGGCGAUGUCGCCAGUGCCACCAAGUACUGGCAGGCUCUCAGCACCCCUGAGAUGCAGGCCACUUCUGCCUUCAUUGAGCCCACCGCCAUGUAUGCCGUCGCCUUGAUUGGCUCCGGUCAAGUGGCCGAGGGCCUGGCUCAGUCCGAGAUGAUGUUCCAGCGAAUCCGAUCCUCAGUGUCCGACCCUCAGUCUCAUCUUGCCGAAGAGAUCGACGAGGGCGCCGAGUUUAUCUCACGGUACAUGGAAAGCCGAGGAAUCACUGAUCCCCGUGAAGCUGCUUCCCAGGUCUCGAGCUUCCCCCAGCAGAAUCUGUCCGCCUCUCCCUUCCUGUCGACCCCCAGCGUUUCUAGCUUCGAGGACACUUACGACCCAUACGCCCACAACACCGACUUUAAGGGUUCUUCCCUGAUUGCCGACGAUUUGGAGGGCAACCACGGCCGCAAGGGACCUCGUCUCAGUGAUGCUCUCAACCGAUUCCGAAACAUACGACGUGCUGGCCGACACCCCCGUUACAUCACCUACGCUAAGCUGAUCUCUGCUGCUGCCCGGGAUGGCAAGAUUGACCUGUGCCACGACAUCCUCGCCAUGGCCCGAACCGAUAUGCCUCUCAUGCCCCAGUACGCUGUUGUUCGUUACGGUUGGUCCAGCAUCCUCGAUGCUAUGGUUGGCGCUUGCCUGACCAUGGGUAAUCGAGGACGGGCUGAACAGUUCCAUCAGGAGCUUCUGGAAAUGGGCGCUACUCCUUCUGCUAACACUUUCGGUCUCUACAUCACUACUCUCAAGGACUCGACCAAGACUUUCGACGAGGCUUCUGAGGCUGUCCGGAUCUUCCACCGUGCCAAGGCUGAGGGUGUUGAGCCCAGCUCGUUCCUGUACAAUGCUCUGAUUGGCAAGCUUGGCAAGGCCCGCCGCAUCGACGACUGCCUCUUCUACUUUGCUGAGAUGAGGGCUCUUGGAAUCAAGCCUACCUCGGUCACCUACGGUACCAUUGUCAAUGCUCUCUGCCGAGUGAGUGAUGAGAAGUUUGCUGAGGAGCUGUUUGAUGAGAUGGAGGCCAUGCCCAACUACAAGGCUCGCCCCGCUCCUUACAACAGCAUGAUGCAGUUCUUCCUCACCACCAAGCGAGACAAGUCCAAGGUUCUGGCUUACUAUGAGCGCAUGAAGGUCAAGGGAAUUGCUCCCACUGCCCACACUUAUAAGCUUCUGGUUGAUACUCACGCUACUCUCGAGCCCGUCGAUAUGGCUGCGGCUGAGGAGGUGCUCGGCAUGAUCCGCACCUCUGGCCAGCGUGUCGAGCCUGUUCACUACGCCUCUCUCAUCCACGCGAGGGGCUGUGUGAUGCACGACAUGGAAGGCGCCCGCAACAUGUUUGAUUCGAUUCUCAAGGAGGGUCUGGUUCCCGUCAGCGCCAGCCUGUAUCAGGCUCUGUUCGAGGCUAUGGUUGCCAACCACCAGGUUGCUGCUACCGAGUCUGUCCUGGAGCAGAUGCGACGCAAGGGCGUGGAGCUCACCCCCUACAUUGCCAACACUCUGAUCCAUGGCUGGGCUGCUGAGAAGAAGAUCGAGAAGGCCCAGAGCAUCUAUGAUGCCGUCGGCCGGGAGAAGCGCGAGCCGAGCACAUACGAGGCCAUGACCCGGGCUUUCCUGGCUGUUGAGCAGCGGGAGCAAGCCAAGGGUGUCGUGGGCGAGAUGCUCACACGCGGCUACCCCAGCGCUGUCGUCAACAAGGUUCUCGAGCUUCUUGGUGGUGGCCAGGAGACUGCUGCUGCCGAGUAAAGCAUGUUUUUGUUGGAUGAUAUCAGUGUGAAUGGUUGUGGGACUCGGAAUUGUUUCUUUGUUGAAUUGGCGCAUGUGCUUGAUACCCCGUUGUACUGGUUGGAGAUUGGGUGGGUUUUUAUUAUGGGGAUAUUGGGAUGAAGUUCAAGAGGCUGGUGGCCCUCGAACUGGUUGAUUGGAACGGCGUUUGGGGAAACAAAAUGGGUCUUGAUACGGAGCGUUGGCCUUUGAAUGAUUGGAUUUGGGGCUGGACGUUCCCUGAUAGAACAUCACCACUCAAAGAAAGGGAAAACUACAUGUCUGCAGCAUGAAAGGACUACAGAGCAGGGAACGAAGCUGGUCAGGUUAGGGGACAGGAAAGGGGAAGGGAAAGGAACGGAUAAAGGAGGCCACCUGGGAAGAAUUGGUCAAGGGAAAGCAGAGCAAAGGGUCCUGCUGCUUGUACCAACAAUAUUUACGUAUCUACCUAUAAAGGAAGAAAUGACAAUGAUCAA